GAGGGCAGGGGGGGAGGAAUGCUUUUGGGUAUGGCGGAGGAGGCGGAGGGACGAGGAGGAGGAGGAGGAGGAGAAGAAGCUAGGAAUGUACCAGGGCGAUACCUUGAGCUGUUGGCUGACGGGGUGAGGAAGGUCACUCAUCUCCGUGAUAUGUGUCCUGCUGAAUCGAUGAGCUGUUGUCCUCCCCCGCACUGUAGGGUGAGAGAGACGGGGAGAGGGCGGGCCGGACCCCGUAAGCGAGUCGCACGCGAGAGGUCAUGAAUUCGAGAAAUUGCAGUUUCGGGAGGUAGAAAAUUGUGCGCAUUUUCAUGAUCGACGGGGCCAUCUAUUUAAAGCUGGUGCCAGGUCUGUUAAAACUUGCGGUGCAUAUCGAGGAUUAAGGUCGCAUCAGAGGUCGAUUUGUCGUUGGGGAAUGGACUUCUUAGCCACGCGAGCCUUCUACAAUGGAACUCGACAGGAAUACUCUGAACUUCCUUGACUGCGAGCAAUUCUCAUUGGAGAGGUGCUGAAUUGACUUGGAACUUAUCAACUUUGGAAGAUGGCAGACGUUCUAGAGGCGAUGGGAUUUCCCAGCGAUUGGUGUGAGAGGGCUCUGAGCAGUGCCUCGGGCAUUGAAACGGCGGUGGAUCUCCUCUUACAGUGGCAGGCGCAGGGGACUCCUCAUUUUCUUCCUCCAUCUCCUUCGUUAUCUGGGGCGAAUGUUCAACUUCAGGGCGGACCUAGUCCUUCUAGACCCACUCUGAGACUCGUUCCGAUUCCUGCGUCUGAUCCGAAAGUCGUUGGGAACGAGGCUGACCCGUCUCCAUCUUCUACCCUGCAGCCAUCCACUUCAUCUUCUAGUCCUUCAUCUUUGGAUGGUCCAUCUGACGUGCAGGAGUCGACCAUGUCAAAAUCCCCAACACCUCCUUUUCCCAGGAAUGGUGCAAAUGCACCUGUAAUGGUACACAAUUCAGUUGCUCGUGGCAGAAACGGAGCGGCCUUACAGGAACCUCUGGAUCGCGUCACGACGACUAGUAGUAUCUCAUGUGUUGAUGAUACCCGCCCUGGUUCCGCAAGAGGAGCAGGUACAAGUAGAAAUUCGGCAAAUUCAGAGAGUACCGAUGCUGUCGUUCCGGACGCCUUUGCUGAAGAGAGGAAGUCUCGUUACGCUGCAGCUCAGCGGGCCAAGCAGGAGAAAGAGGCAGAGAAAGCAAAAAUCCGUCAACAACUUCAGGAAGAUAUGGCACAUCGUCGCUUCAGACACACUAUGAUGGCUCCAACAGACAACGUCCGAUCGGGUUUGAAUCUUGGAAAGCAACCCUUCGGUCAAAGUACGCCAGCUGGAUCAGCUGUAGACCCUGCUGUACCAACACAACUUCAGAUUCGCUGCCCUGGGAACCAGAUCAUCAAGGGAAUGUUUAAUGCAGUUACCACUCUGAAAGAGGUUAGAGCAUACGUGGAAAGCCAGCUACAACGACCACCUACUUCACUGGACUCUCAAGAAGAAUCAGGUGCCUUUCGCCAGGGGCAUGUGGCUUUCAGCGGCCAAUCUUCACGACUCUCUGCUGACAGGCAGGCUGAACGGGUGCUACUGCAAGCUGCACGAGAAAAUUUUGAGUACCAAACAAGCAGAAUAUUAGCUUCUGCGAAGACUCUUCGCAACAAUACGAUGGCACCUGACCCAAUGGAUAAUCAAUCUAGGGGGACCAUGUACUUCCUUAUACCGAUACCUCGACAAGAAUAUUUCACCGAAUCUGCUAUGGAAUCAACCCUGGCCCAAGCACAGUUGGUUCCUAGGGGCACUUUGGUUGUGCAGUUUCGGAACAGUGACACAGAACAGACGAACAUUUUUCAGGUUCAGGCGAAGGAUUCAUCCACUGAUGUGGAAGAGUCGAACAAAGCAGAUAACAGAGUUGGUCCGAGCAGAAGUUCUGAUGAUUGUCAAAACUGUACAGAAGCUGUGCAGCCUGAUGUAAUUGGGCCAGAAUCUCCUGACUCGAAAUCAGUGGAUAACCAGGUGAAAGCCCCCUCUCAAGCUAAAAGGAUUUCUCUCUCUUUUGACCGGGGACUGAAUGGAGCAAGUAACAGUGGCCGAAACUCCUUGGACGUGGAUGGCGAGCGUGUAAGGGUAAGAGAACUUGCCCUCCAAGCAGCUGCGAAAAGGAUGAGUGAAGCUGCUAAAAUAUUUCGUGAUGGUCUUCCUCUCGGAGAAGGCGAAACUGGAGGCGCGUUUCCUUUCCCAGUUGAUGGUGAUAAUCCAUACUCGUUUCUAUCACCAAUACAAAACGGAUUUUCUCCACCCCAACAAUGUGCCCGAGCAGCUCCAGCGGACGAUCUUAACUUGAAUAACUUGAGAUCAGCAGGUGCAGAUGCAGAGCUGUUAGAUGCAUCUCCUCCACUGAAAGAGCGCUCUUCUGCACCCCCCGGAUCAGACAAGCUUCCGCAUGACAGACCUCUAGAUGCUUUACAUCGCCAGACCAUGGCUGCUGCAGAAGCUCGUCUCAGGACGUCCCAAUGCCAACCAAAUCUUGUAGGUUGUAGCUACGAGCAGGAACCGGAAGAAGCAGAGAGUAGGAUUGGGGUGGAAGAUUCAGAUUCCAUACCACCGAGAGGUAGGGCACGGGUACCUUUGUCUUCACGUCUGCUAUCUCGCCCAGAGAAGCUGCAGCGAACUUCGGGUAGUUCUCCUAGUAGCUCCCCAGCUUCGUGUGAUGUUUACAAAAAUUCAGAGGAACUCCCUGGUGGCUCCGCAAAGCCACACUCGCAGCUUGCCGGUCCAAGCUGUACGGGCCCAUUUGAAGCUGCCCUCGAAAGAUUCAAUGCCCACAGUGAGCGGAACGCUAAGGGAAAGGGCCCCGUGCAAGAUGAAGAGUCGUCGCAGGUGGCUGCACCUCCCACUAGUCAUCAAACGCAAGCAGAGAGGCAGAGCUCAUUGCGAGUCCGCCUAGAGGAUGGGCGUGUACAAACCCUUUCAUUCCCUGCAAACACCUUGCUGCAGACUGUAAGAGACUCAGUUGUACCUGAGGGAGCCGAAGUAUCUGCAUACGGAUUUUUUAUCCCAAUUCCAGGGUCACAUAUUGUGGAAGGUGAAGAACUGGGAGCUACUCUUGAAGAGGCCGGACUUGUCCCUCGAGGAAUUGUGCAUCUCAUAAAGAUGUCUACUAGAGGCAUGGUACGACAGGGCAGAAGAACCCAUCGUCGUCGACGAUACGUGCCGGACAUUGAUGAUGAGGUGUACAAUGUAGUUGGAAUGUUUCGACAGUUGGCAGAUUAUCCACAUGAGCGACAGGACCUCACAUAUGAGGAGCUGAUGGAACUCGAAGAGAGCAUUGGUCGGGUUCAUGUUGGAGUACCCGAGGAGGUAAUAGCUGCUCUUCCCGUUCACACCGUGAAGGGCAAGAAGGCAGAGGAGACAACUGAAGGUGUUGACAAUGAGGAGGGUGUCGAUGUUUGUGUUGUGUGCAUAGCCGAGAUUAUGAAUGGCGAAGAGGCCUUAACUUUACCUUGCGUCCAUACUUUCCAUCCUUUGUGUAUCCGACGGUGGCUUCAGCAGUCAACAUGCUGUCCCACAUGCAAACAUUGUCUUAUCUGAAACUGGCGGAUGUCUUUUCACAAGAAAGGAGAUUGGAGGAGAAAAGGCACGUCGUGAUCCCAAUUCACCUGUCAGUGUUGCGUCUGCCAUUUAUCACAACCGAGAGUCUCCUCACUCUUGAGAGAUAGGGACGCUGUGAUUUUGGCGAUCUGCAAUUUACCAUGAAGGCGAUACUACUUCUUGAGAGUCUCUAUGCGGACUGUGGAUUCACCUUACCCUUUCAGAUUGGAUGAAGGGGUAGGUCGGCUUAUGGCUACCAUACUACCGAUACUUAUCCCCCUGGGCUCGUCAAGUAAAUCUGAAGAAGUCCAAGAGAAACUUUAGGAGAACUUUUCUGUGCAGAAAUAGGCUUCAGCAUAUUAGUGAUUAUGGUGGAGUCUUUGUAACAUGGAGCUCUUUAGCCUAUAUGAAGAUCUGUCGUUGUCUUUGAAUAAAUUUCACUUGUGUAAUACAUAUGCUUCCUGGUCUCGACGGUGACUCUCAACAUUGCAGUUUUUUAAAGCGGGCGUUACUGUAGUUUGUCACCACUAAGAAAUUUGAGCCAUCAUAUCUCC